CUCAGUGGGUUUGUUUUGUUGCUGAUCGAGAGAGGUGGCCUCUGAGUUCUCACAACCAUAAUCCCUUGUUACUUCGGUGUAUUUAGAUUGAUCAGCUCUUGACGAGCGUUCAGUACUCCAAAAGUCUUUGAGGAAGUCAACAGGAGACACUGUGCCGUCGUGAGGACAUAAGAGUGGGUCGUCAGUUAGUAUUUGUGAUCCGGACAUGCAACUUUCACAGUAAUAGUUGAUGCUUGUACUGGUGUUUUGGUUGUCCUUGGCUGUGCUUGCUGAGCCAAUUCCUACCAGCACUCACUGAGGCUCUGCUAUCCCUUUGUUUUCAAAGCAAAACCGACCUUUUGACGGUAUUUACAGCAGUACAAAGUUCUAAAAAGCUAAAGGUGAGAACUGCGUCAGUGAUUGAGAACCAAACGAGUGAAUCUUAUUGACAUUGUUAAAACUAGGAAGAUUAUUUGACUUAACUGGAGAGGAACUUGUCUGACAGAUGGCAAUGUUGGCAAGAUUUGAGGUUGUCUGCCUCAGUGCCCAACAGGAGAGAGUAGUCCACCUAACAUCUACUGUGCAGAUCAGAUUUCAGUAACAUACCCCAAGGUUGAGUGCUGCCAAGGCAACGAAAGUGUCUUCCAAUGUGUCCAUCAGCAACAGCAGUUCGAGUGAUGAGAUGAGCAUGAUGUCAGAUGGAGGGGGGGGGCAAGGUGGAGGAGGCGAGUCCAGCAAGCCAUAUGAUUACUUGUUAAAGUUUCUGUUGGUGGGCGAUAGCGAUGUUGGCAAGCAUGAGAUCCUUCAGCCCCUUGAGGAUGGCUCCUCCGAGUCCCCCUUCUGUGUUGGCAGUGGCCACAAGACGACCACAAUCCUGCUGGACGGGAAGAGGGUCAAACUUCAACUGUGGGACACUUCUGGCCAGGGACGGUUCUGUACCAUCAUCAGAUCCUAUUCAAGAGGUGCUCAGGGAAUUCUACUUGUGUAUGAUAUUACCAAUAAGUGGUCCUUUGAGGGAUUGGACCGCUGGAUGAAGGAGAUUCAAGAGCAUGCUCCUGGUGUUCCUAAGGUUCUAAUAGGUAAUCGACUUCAUUUGGCCUUCAAGAGACAGGUGAGCCAGAGUCAGGCAGAACAGUAUGCUGCCAAGAACCAUGUUAACCUGUUUGAAGUUAGUCCUCUUUGUGAUUUUAACAUUGUGGAAAGCUUCACCGAACUGUCAAGAUUGGCACUAAAACGCAAUGGCAUGGAGCGACUAUGGAGAGCAAAUAAAGCACUCGCCAUCUCUCGACCUCCGUUGUUGUCACUGCUCAAGAGAGCUGGUGAUUACCAUUGGAUAUGUCUUCAAUCAAUCAGUCAAGGGGGUUGGCGACCACAGUCCUCCACUCUAAAUGUUCUCGGGCUGUCUUCAGCACUUAGUAAAUAAUAUUGUAGCAUAUUUAUCAAUUCUUAAUAAAUAUUAUUGUAGUGUAUAAUGUGUCUCCAUUAGCCCUGGUUUAUUCACUGAUCAGUUGUUUAAGUGCAAAAGUAGCAUAAUUGAGCCACCAAGUCUCACUCAACAGGUAAUAAAUAAUGAUGUUAUGAACAUAUCUCCAUAUUUAAUACUAUACAGUGUACUAUAAUGACCCCAUUGUAAGAUGAUGUGCUGAAACUUUUCUCUCCAGGAACACAUCCUGAGCUUUCCUGGGGUAUUACUGUACACGUUGGAACUCAUAUGCCCCUAAUCACAUUAAUUCCUGUUGGGGGAAAAUUCCUCAUAAUAAAACAUUUCACUAUGAGUCGCAUUUUCUGGAACACAUCCUCGAUGUACUGUAUAUUGAAGACCUCCUGUACUGACAUGAAGAAAUAUAAAAACAGUAUUAAGCAUCUUCAGUAAAAACAAUAGCAAUAAUUUAAAAAAUUAAUGUUUAAAUAAAACAUGUACAGUAUUAUGCAAUAAAAAAUAUGGAUUUAUAAAAGUUGUCAAGCAAAUUUGAUGUUAUGCUGGUUCAAUAAAAACCCUGAUCUUUGACCUUGGGCUAUGAGACUGCCCUUAUCCAUAUGUGUAUUGGCCACACUCACCUCACACACACACAGUUUCCUUGUGGCCAGAGGACCACAGUCCUAUUGUGAUGGCUGGCUGGUGCCACUAACUGUGAGACACUUGCUGGUAGUGCCCCAAUCAUGUGGACUUGAGGAGUCGUUUCCUGGCCGAGUGCCGGCAGGGGUAUGGAUCCUUUUCCAUCUGAAGGUGGACUUUUGACAUCCGUAACCGCAGUAGGCAUACUGAGCCACUUGUGAUUUGUAAAGUAGCAUUUUAUUUUAUUUAUAUCCUAGUUUUAACUUAUGAUUUUCAAUUUUGGCUUCAAAUAGCCACAGACUGCGGUGCCAGAUAUUUUACCAAAUCAAUGACUCAACUUUGACCUUGGGUUAAGAUACCAUAAUUAUUGUAAAUAAGAGUCUUUUUGAUGACUAUGACUUGUUUUAGCAAGCAGUAUUUGUUGUUUAUGAUACCUGAACAGCUCUUUAUUUUUAUUAAUUUAUGGCUAUUUGCAGUUGACCAUUGACUAGUUUGGUUUCCUCAAUAUUCAAAUUUAGCAUACCAAAACUAUGAGAGAUAAGCUGAAAUAUUACUACUACUAAAAAAUGCAUUUAACCUUUUAACAAGAGCCACAUUUAGAAAAUCAAUGUACAGUAGUCUGCAACACAAUAGCAUAUUACUGUUUCCAUUAGCACAUAGGAAAUUGUAGAAUUUUAUAUUUUGGAUGAACAUUUAUUAUUAAUAUUCAAGUUAUGCAUUCAAACACGCCCAUGUGUUUUAGAUAAAAAUAAUUAAUAAACAAAAACUCGCAAUAUACAGUACUGUACUGUCCACGUUAUUUCUUUACAUUUUGAGUAGUUUCUCUGUGUCUGAUAUGCCUCAAAACAUGGGUCCAUACACAAAGGGACAUCACAUUGGCAACAUUUACGUGGCAGUCUUUGUUGUUUUUGAGGGGAGCUUGAUAUAUGAGCACACAUUGACAUCUUCAUAAGUUGAGGGGUUCCACAAAUUGUUCAACUAAUUGUAAUGGUUGUACACCUACUGGUGUGAUAUGAUGAUGUCUACCCAAAUAUUUCCUGUCGGUGAGCUGGUGGUUCGCUUUCUUAGUAAAGUCAAUCAGUGAAAGCUUAUGACCUGUCUUUACCUGGUGUAAGUAAUAAGACUAAAAAAAUAUUCUUAUUAACAUGUCACUUUUGUCAACAAGUCUCAUUUCCUUGCUCUACUCAAGUACAGUACAGGUAUUGGAUUUUCUCACUAAUUCACCUCGACUAUCUCUUUUGUCAGUCACUCAGCUAACCAAUAACUGUCUUUCAAAUCAUUUUCAUCUCUCCUUUGCCUUGUUGGAUGUAGUUCUUUGUGGUCUUGAUAUACAUGUUGCUCUGAUGCUUUGUGAUGUACCAUGGUAUAAUCUUCCAAAGCAGUGCGUAAUUUACUCUGUAUUUUUAUUCUGGACCAUUAGCAUCAUUACACACACACAACAUUCAUAUACAGUACAGUAUAUAUUUCAUCUCUAGUUGUUUUACUCUGUCAGUUGUCAAGUGGACUUUCAGACUGAGAGGAAGGGCUUAUGGAAAAUCGUCUUGUAACAAUAACAUAUAUUACACUAUUUACAUUCAAAGAGCAAGUUUUCAUGUCUAAAUAUCUCCAAUUACUUCACGCACAACUCGGCGGCUAUCUUGUACCCCACGUCGGCAUGUGUAUACCAGGCUUGGAGUUCCUGGUUCUCCAUGCUGUCUGGUUCAGUCCGUGGCUGACGCUGCUCUGCCGUGACCACCACCACCACCACACAAAUAUGGCUCGGUUGCCAACUAUUCUUAAUACAAUACAUUAAAAGUUUUACACCUUAUACCAUUUAAAACAAUAUGGCUCUUACUUAAUGUUUGAAUAACCAAAACUAAAUAACAGUGAUACAAAAAAAACAUAUAUAUCAAAACAUUAGAAAACUUAUAUAAGCAUACAGGCCGUGAACCACCAUCAUUGACAUUGGUCGUUCUUGGGUAUAACCUAAGUAGCCAAUCAUAGACAGCGGUGUGGGCCGACAUGUGACAUACUCCACUUUGCCAGUCUACUAUAUGAAGAAAAUGUUGAUGGUACUGUUUCCUUUGGAAAAUCACACUGCUCAUUGGUUCUGGAUACACAAGUUCACUAGACCAUAAUAAAAAAUUAAAUAAAAUUAUCAAACUUUUCUGAUUCUUCUGUAAUGGAACAAGCAGUUGUCAAGCCAGAUUGCAUACUGUUGAACCCAAAUUGUGUGGUCCACUUCCACUCCCCACACUCCCUCCUCUGUUUCUAUGACAUUUCAGGUUCAUCUCCAUUACUCCUGCCUUCAUCUUCAGGUUCACUCUCUUCUUUAACUGCUCUCUCUUCAUUAGGCCAGUCAUCAUCACUAGUGAUGUCACUAAGUACAUCUGAAUUGAUACUGUCCAAUAAAUUGGCUUGAUCAGGAUUGUUAUUGUAUAUAGUAGGUCAUUCUGCCAUCUUGAGGGGUAUUAUCCCAUAGUAAAAGAAUAUAACUGACCACACUAUGUCAACAAAUAGUAGAUUAUCAGUUGAACACUUACCACAGAUAUUUCAAUGAAACAUUUCGUUCAGGAAUUUUGAAUGCAAGAAACCCUUUGUGUUUCAGCCACAGGGAAAGGGUUACGUUUCAUGAACUGAUUCAACUUUGUUCAAAUCAUAUUCCAUUUCUGGCUUUAAUCUGGAGCCAAAGAGAGGGAGAGGUUGAAGUGUUGUGCCCUUGGCCUCUGCUCUUUAAGUUACUGAUUGGGACUUCUAGGGACCCUUUCUCAUAGUUUGAACCAUCUUGAAGUAGAGUGGCUAACUAUAGCUCUUCAGCACUUAAUUUUAAUGGCCAGUGUUCAGUCACAGGACACACCAAAUCGUCAUCAUAAUAACUAUGGUUAACAAUGCUGGAUAUAAAUAUAAUGUUUAUACUCAUGAAAGUUAAGGGGACUUAAGACUAGUGUUGUUAGGACUCAGAACCUCGGGUUUCAUAAAAUAGAAGAUAUUUAGUCAGGUCAACCUGGUUGCAUUCAUUGGAGGUAAGAUUUUUAAACAACUGCAUGGUCUUAAGUUUGUUCCUUUGUCUUACUGUAGAAAUGGCUUUAGAUCAGUAUAAUAAAAUUAGGACGAAAUUGAGCAUAGCACUUGAUUCAAUAUACAGUAUUAGUGAAAUUUGUCAUCUUUUCUUUCUCUUGAAAUUUGAUGUGCUUCUGUGAGGUUUUGGUUAUAGGACAGAGCCUUACUGAACAUUAUUUAUGCUAUUUCAGGAUUUUUUCAUAUACCAUAUUCCAUGUUCUUUUUGCUCACACCCCUCUU